GGCCAUUCAGGCUCAUCAGUACUCACAUGCACUGAAAGAUAAAGAUCAAAGGCCAUAAUUACGGUUCAACCUCACAAGCUCAAAAGUGCUUCUUCCGGAAUAUUUCCUUCAGCUUCAGGCUCCUGUCAGAAUAAGAGUCUCUACCUGUUUGCUAAAGCAGACCAAUAAUGCUCUCACUGGAAUCUCUAUCCUUCUCUUCCCUUCAAACUAACUAAUGGUCUCCUUAUGUCUGAAGGAACGAAUCCAAUCCAGAAAUGUAAACCUUACUCAUCACACCCAUUUUAUAUUAUAUUCACUCUAACCAAGCUCCUAUUUCACUAUUAACCAUUUAACUACCUCUUUCUUGUCGCCACUCACCCUUCUUCACCUUCUCUUUCUUUCUCUGAAAUUUUCUCUCAAAUGGGUGUGAAAGUUUUCAUGAUCUUCUUCAUGCUAUUCUCACUAUUAUUCCUGUUUCUUUAUAUUCCCACAAGAUUAACCAUGCCCAUUUCCACCUCCAUGCCUGUGAUCAAGAGCUCCUUCAAUAUCUCAAGAACCAGCAAAGCAUCAUACCCAGUCACUUUUGCUUACUUGAUCUCUGCGUCAAAAGGAGAUUCCAGCAAGCUCAAGAGGUUGCUGCGAGCAUUGUACCAUCCUGGAAAUUACUAUCUGAUUCACAUGGAUUAUGGGGCUCCUAAGGCGGAGCAUAAUGAUGUGAUUGAGUUUGUGGCUAGCGAUCCUGUUUUUGGAGCAGUGGGUAAUGUCUGGAUUGUGGGGAAGCGUAAUUUGGUGACUUACAGAGGACCAACAAUGCUGUCUACCACACUUCAUGCCAUGGCAAUACUCCUGAGAACUUGCAAGUGGGACUGGUUUAUCAAUCUCAGUGCCUCUGAUUACCCUUUAGUUACACAAGAUGAUCUGAUCCAAGCCUUUUCUGGGUUGCCAAGAGAUAUCAAUUUCAUACAUCAUAGCAGUCACUUAGGCUGGAAAUUUAAUAAGAGGGGGAAGCCAGUUAUUAUAGACCCAGGUUUGUAUAGCCUCAAGAAAUCAGAAAUUUGGUGGGUCUCCAAGCAGAGGAGUCUGCCAACAUCUUUUAAACUAUAUGCAGGUUCUGCGUGGACAAUGCUAUCAAGAUCUUUUGCUGAAUAUUGCAUCGUGGGGUGGGACAAUCUGCCAAGGACCCUCCUCCUCUACUACACUAACUUUGUAUCAUCCCCUGAAGGCUAUUUCCAGACAGUAAUAUGCAACUCUAAAUACAAGAACACCACUGCCAACAAUGACCUUCACUACAUUACUUGGGACAACCCUCCAAAACAACACCCAAGGUCUCUUGGAAUCCGAGAUUAUCGGAAAAUGGUGCUGAGCAGCCGGCCAUUUGCCAGAAAAUUCAAGAAGAAUGAUCCUGUGCUGGAUAAAAUUGAUAGAGAGCUUCUCAGGAGGCACCAUGGUCAAUUUUCUUUCGGGGGAUGGUGCUCCCAGGGCGCAAAGAACAGGUCAUGUUCUGGUCUAAGAACUGAGAAUUUAGAGGCACUGAGUCCCGGCCUGGCCUCUAGGAGGCUAACAAAGUUGCUAGCUAAGAUUCUCUCCGAUAGAAAUUUUCACAGACAGCAAUGCAAGUGAACGACCAUCCAUUCAUUUCAUUGAGUCGAUGGUUGUAAAAAGUAUACUGCAAUUUCGUCAUUUGAUAAGUUUUGUUAAAAGUUAAUGUGGUUAGAAUGGUUGUUUAA